CCAAACACAUCGCCAGUUGAGAUUUAUCCGCGACGUCGUUCAUGCGUAUUUGCUCGUUAUGACUUAGUGCUUCCGAAAAUGAGAUAAUAAGUUUUUUGAUUAAUUAUUGUGCUUUAGAUCCAUUGGUUUCAAUUGUUUGCUCAUACUCAAAGAUAUCACGGCUGAUUAACGUUUCAUGUUCAUACUGAAGUCAACAAUUCGUUCGAAAUGCUCCGAGGGAGCUAGGAAUGUAUGUUAUAUUUCCGGCUGAUGAGUUAAUACUUUUCUCAUACGGUAUCGCACUACCAAGAGUCCCUCCUCGACCAACUCUGGACAACCUUAAAGAGCCUUCGGUAUUCGUAGGCAAUCGGCCACCUACUGCCAGUAAUAUCUCAUCAUCUGGAAAUACUAAAGAACCCGCCAAAAUUGAAGUUCCAAGGAUUUCUUCAACAAAAUCUGCCUCUCACUCAAAACCAUUGGAAGGCAAGACCUCCGUGAACGAUUUCGAUAGUUAUACACGAGUAGUCGGCAACGAACAAGCAGUCUUGAUGAAAAAUGUGAUCGAAACCGAAGACAGCAACAAACCUGUCGAUUCCUGCAUUCCUGUUCCACGAUCGACGAUACCACCUCUCUCUUCAACGUCACCGAAAGUACCAACGAAAGCUAAAGAAAACCUUAAAUCCAGGCUUCAUUUAAAUUUAGGACGCUUGCGCCCACAUUCCUCCGUUGAACAAAGCGAAACAUCGCGAAUACGCGAAGACCUACAGAUACAUGUGUCGAAUCCUAUAUUUACUAAAGAAAACCUUCGCCAAAGAAACUACGAUGCCUUCUUCGAAUCAGGCGAAACGAUCUACUUGCUAAAGAAAAAAGAUACACCCUUACCAUUGGAAAACAUUCCGGUUGAUGCACCAUCGUGGGAAUGCAAUACAACUAGUCUAUCGAAAAUUAAUCCUAGUAAAAAGAUUACCAGCAGCGGAUUUGGUAGAGAAACACCGCAACAUCGCAAGGAAGUAAUCGAGGGUGAGACAUACGAAAAUAGCAUGAAUGCCAAGUUAAAUGACUCAGUUGAUUGCAAAAUAAUGCAAACAGUUGUGGAAUUCACCGCAGAGUUGGCCUUAGCGUAUAAUCAACAUGCUGAAACUUUAAGGUUGCUUGUGUCCAACUACAAACAGAUGUAUAACGCUAUCGGACAGGAAAGAUCGGAGUGGCGACGCAAUUAUUCAGAAAUAUGGAACGGUUACUUGGCCGAAAUAGAAGAAGAUUCGCGAUCUGCAGUGAACCUAGCAAAAGCUCUUUCCAAUAUGGUUUCCUUCAAGGAGGGAAGUCCCACGCCGGAUUUUCUCUCGGAAACUCAAGAACAUGGCACAUGGAACCAAUUCGAUUUGCGGGCUAGGAAAAUUUUGAAGGCAUCCGAACAAACGCAAAGGGCGUUGUUGUUGGGUAGAAUAGAACCAAAUUCACCAAUUGGUAGUAGGAAAAUGUCAUCUUCUAGUUCUUCUUCAAUGAAAACCAAGUGGCUCAAAGCGUUUCGAAGUCUAAAACCAGUUGUUUCGACAAACGAAAGAGAUAAAAGCCAUGGAGGUCAGGCUCGUCUCGAGAAUCACAACCUAGUAGAAUACACAUAUAAAAAGAUAACCCCUUGUGACGUGUGCUCACAGGUACUUCGAGGACAUACGAAACAGGGUCUACGGUGUAGAAUAUGUAAAAUUAACACACACCCCGAUUGUGCAUCGCAACUUCCAAAAUGUCAAUCCAAACAGAAGCUUUUAAGAAGACAAAAAAGUACAUCUGAAAUAAGAAGUUUCGCGGUUCCCGAGGAAAAACCAACCGACAUCGAUCAGAUUUAUCAAGUUUUAAAAAGAGCUGGUGAAAUAUCCAGUAAGAAAAACCUACCUUCCAAAGCACAAGUAGCAACGGUUGCAAGUAGCGAAGCACCUCGGUCUCCCCGUCGUCAAAAGCUUAAUUUACAAAUGAAGUCACUCAGUCUAGAAUCGCCACACCCUUCCGAAAUGCGCAAACGUAACACUACUAAGAUACAGGAUUCAUCUGUCAGCUGUACCGAAAACUGGGCCUCGUAUAAUCGUUUGCCAGUUUCAUCGUCGGCAUCGGGGCUACAAAGAAAACAAUUUGGAUCCGGAAAAGGAAGAAAAUCUAUUUUAGUGGAGGUUACCGAUGACAAUGAACGAAAUUUGUCAUCUGAAACGACUUCAACAUGUCCAUCGCCGGUCAAAAUGUCACAGAUUUCUGAAAAAAAUCGACAAGAUGUGAUUCAAGAAGUUUGACUACCAGAUGAAGAAGAUUUUCGAAUAACAAGAGACACAAAGUGCAAACACUUAACAAUAGAGAAUGAUGCCAAAAGUUCAAAGUGUAUGCGA